AUGGCGAAUGUCCAGUCUGUCCAAUUCUCCAGUACGGAAAGACAGCUGACCAGCAGCAACGGCACCGGUCCGGCAACGACCAUGAUCUCUACCGUGGGGGUCGUCGGCGUCGGCGCCGUGGCGGGUGGUGGCCUUGUCGGAAAUGGCAACGUCAAUGCGGCGGCGGCGGCCGACCUCGGCAUCAUCAUGGUGAACAAGGGUCCACCACAGCCGCAGCGUCGCCGGUCCCUGGUGCCCGAGAAAUGGCGCGACCAGGUCCGGGCCGUCGGGCUCUCGGAGCACAAGGAGGCGGGACUCUCGAUUGCGCAGGCCUUUGCCAAUGACGAGCUGGCUCACUACCUGCUCGACGCCGACGACAUGGCUGCCAUCUCCGACGAGGCCCGCUGGCGGCUCCAUGUCGACAUGAUGAAGUAUAUUGUCGCCGCCCACUGCCUCAGCGGUCUGGUCACCACCAUUGGCCCCGAUUAUGAGGGUGUUGCUCUUUGGGCCCCUCCAGCCUCCAACACGGACGACUGGCUCACACUGCUGCGCUCGGGCUCGUGGCGACUAUACUACCUCUUGAGCGCCGGCGGGCGGUACCGCUACUUUUCCGAGCUGCUGCCGCGGCUGCACCAGGUCAAGCACGAGGUCAUGGGCGAGCGUGACGACGACUGCUACUACCUCGUGUACAUCGGCACCAAGCCCUCUGGCCAGCGUCGCGGCUACGCGCGCAAGUUGAUCGAGGCCAUGGCUGUCAGGGCUGAUGUAGAGAAUCGAGCCAUGUAUCUCGAGUCCAGCUCGGAGCGCAACACGGCCUACUACCGCAAGUUUGGCUUCGAGGUCAAGAGAGACAUUUACCUGGGCGAGGCCAUGACGGGUACCGAAGAUGCCGCAGGCAAAUCACCUGUUCGCCUCUCCAUCAUGGUCCGAGAGCCGCAGGUCAUGAGCGGCAAGACCAUCCCCAUCAAGCUUGGUGCCGGCUUCAAGGGCUUGCACUGA